AUGGCAGCGCCUCCAGAGAAGUGGUAUCAGCAUGCCCAAGCCCCAAAACAACGGAAAUCAUCGCCACUGAAGACUAUUGCUCUGGGCGAUGGGUCAUAUUUUCCAGACGAACCGGAAAUUGAACAUGUCGAGAGAGCUAGCUCUCCAGGCACUGAUUCCGCGCCAACACGGCCAGCGAAGGCUUUGGUUCGUGAAAUGAGCCAAAUUUUCGGAAGAAAACGCGAUUUUCGAUUUGCUGCACAUCCAUACAUGCGCUUGCGUGGGGGGAACUGGGAGAAUUGGGCCAUCGACUCUUCCGGCAGCUCCGCCAGUGACACCAGCAAUUCGUGGACUACCCAAGAUCGCACAUCCGACGAAGGCCGGCGAGGAGAUCUUGAUGAUCCCGCCAACUACGAGUAUUUCAAACGACAGCAACUCUGGUGCUUGGCCGGCGAUCUAUGUUGGAGACGAUUCGCCGUGUCCUCAGAGUACGGUUCUCACUUGAUCCAAAAGACCCGAGCACCUAGAGCCUAUGAUUCAACGAUAGGGCUUGGCGGCUUACAAUGGGUCUUUGACGCCGGCAACGAAGAAGCGUCCUGGAAUGGAUUCACGCAAGAACAAGUCAUCGAGUUCAUGUAUCGAUCUGUCGAGGAGAUUAUGGGCGAUUGGAUCUCGCGAGAUCAACUUCGUCGGUUUAUCAGGAGCGGACCUCUUGCGAAGUACGUGCAAUACGUGGAAGAUCCCCUACCACCACUUCCUCCGCCACCCAAAAGAAGCUUCACCAAAGACCGAUAUGUUUCAUGGCAUUUUGACGGUACAACGAAGAAACAUGGGAACACCACAGAAUUCUGGGACACCUACAUUCGCGACGAUCUGGCUACGCGACCCGGUGAAGCUAGAGACCCAAAGAGAUUGGGCAUGUUGUCUCAAAGAUUGUUUGCCCAUAUGAGAGAAGCGUAUGAUCAACCAAAUAACGUUGAUAAUCUGUUAGAGACUUCUUCCGAUGAGGAUACUCCCCUUCCACCACGGAGCAAAGAAGCCGGCCUUGGGACUCCCCCUCCACGGCGUCCAUUCGGAACAUCCCCCGUGAGAGCCUCCGCGGAGGCCCUCAAACAAAACCCCGGCAGCCUUAUAGAAACCGAUCCACUGCAUGACCCUGAACUAGGCUUGAACCUGAUGGAUACGGUUGAAGAUGGCGGCGGUCGGACCGCACGACUUGAUGACGUGGCAGGCUUGCCGGAGGAAAAGGCUCCCGAAAUCGAUCAAGAGGAGGUCUCGACGGAGCCUGUGUUAUCUUCUCGCCUGUCUCCGGCUAAGACUGGUAUAUCUGAGCCCUUGAGGUCGAAAGAGAAGCAAUCCAAGAGUGAUGUUUCUCCUCCUUUGUCUUCUGCUCGAAUUGAUCUAUCCGAACCCUCGUCCAGCAACGAAGAGGAACGUAUAACAGCUGGCCCAGUGAGCAGAAAGCGGGAAAGAAACAAGACCAAGGAGCCUGCAAGAAAGAGGCAAAAGCCUGGGGCCGUACCCACCCGCAAGGCUCCCAAGCGUAACCGUAAGAAGCCAGAUAGGCUGGGAUUUUCUACUUGA